AGAACCAAUAACAAAAAUUCUAGAGUGCAUUUGAGUUUAUUAGUUUGUAGUUAUAUAGCAAAAUGCUCGUCUAUUUCGGCUCACUAAAUUAAGCAAGUUGUUGUAGCACGUUGCCACGCCCCCACCCAAAACAGUCGACCACCCCCCGCCUCCGCCCACAACGUGAGAGAGAGAUAGAGGGAUUAAAAGCAACAACAACACAUAAAGAAAACGAAAGAUUUCCGCAAGGAACCACCAACAAAAACAUCUAUUACUUUGGUGGUUCUCGUAACGGCAAAAACAACAAGAGAAUAAAUUUAAAUCAAAAAGAACUGUGCUCUCUGCUGUUCUGCGUGUGUGUGUGUGUGUGUUUAAGCGGUGUGGUGCGUGCAUUACAAUAAUUGCACAAAAUUCAAGACAAACGUGGGGCGGGGGUGUCUGUAAGUGUGAGUGCGACAGAACGCGACCCAUACAGAGGGAGAAAGAGAGACGGCAACAACAAAGGGCUGUGAUUUUUUUGACCCCUCCCCCGCCCCCUCACACAAACUUGCGUAUUUACCAAAUAAACGGGACACACCAACACAACACAAGCCUUAAAAGCUAGAACAACAAAUCGAAUAGUUUUGCGUGUGAUUUGAGAGGGGUGGAGAGGAGAGUGUGAGUGAGUGGGAGAGUGGAAGAGUCGCUGGAAUAGUAAAACUGGCAGCGUAACACAGAGAGAGAGUGCAAUGGAUGUCCUGGAACUGCUGCGCGCCAGCGCCAACGGCGGCUUCAACACUCUCUUCUCGGACGCAUGGUGUCAGUACGUUUCGCAGCAGAUCACAGCAACGAUGUACAUGUAUUGCGCCAUAGCAGUGCUGGGCUUUCUGUUCCUGGCCUGGUUCAUGUACUUUAAGCGCAUGGCCCGUUUGCGCCUGCGCGACGAGCUUGCCUUCAUCCGUUCCCUGAGCGCCGUGACCUCAUCCGGCGGAGAUCUGCGCGGCCUGCGCUUCCGCAAGCGCGACAAGAUGCUCUUCUACGGACGUCGCAUGCUGCGCAAGAUGAAGAACGUUAGUGGUCAGAUGUAUAGCAGCGGCAAGGGUUACAAGCGCCGGGCUGUGAUGCGAUUCGCCAGGCGAAUCCUUCAGCUGAGGCGGGACAAUAUGCCGCUGGAGAUGCGCACCGUGGAGCCGCCAGCGGAGUAUCUGGAGGAGACCAUCGAGGGCAGCGAUCGGGUGCCACCGGAUGCCGUUUACAUGCUGCAUGGCAUCCGCAUCUUUGGGCACUUCGAGAAGCCCGUCUUCCUGCGACUGUGCAAGCACACCCAGUUACUGGAACUGAUGGCCGGUGAUUAUCUGUUCAAGAUUACCGAUCCGGACGAUAGCGUCUAUAUCGUCCAGUCGGGCAUGAUAAAUGUGUAUAUCUCAAAUGCGGAUGGCAGCACUCUGUCGCUGAAGACGGUGCGCAAGGGCGAGUCGGUGACCUCGCUGCUGAGCUUUAUAGAUGUCCUGUCGGGAAAUCCCAGUUACUACAAAACAGUCACCGCCAAGGCCAUUGAGAAAUCGGUGGUCAUUCGGUUGCCCAUGCAGGCCUUCGAAGAGGUGUUCCAGGAUAAUCCGGAUGUGAUGAUUCGGGUCAUCCAGGCGAUAAUGAUAAGACUACAACGAGUCCUCUUCACCGCACUGCGCAACUACCUUGGUCUAAAUGCCGAACUGGUGCAGAACCACAUGCGCUACAAGAGUGUCUCCACGAUGAGUGGACCGAUCAACUCGCAGUCCUCGCAAUCCUCACGCCAGGCGGCCAAUGGUCCGCCCACGGUGGUCACCCAACUGAAUCUGAUGCAGUCCGCUGCCUUGGGAUCGGUAUCGGGAUCGGGUGUGGCAGUGACCUUGACCCGAGCACCGCCUUCGCCAUCGCGUCAUUCGCGCGAAGAGCACACGCUAUCCGAUACGAAUCCCAAUCCGGAUGGCAGUAUUCAAGGCAAUAGCAAUCUAUUCACCGAAGUGCACGGCGAUGCGCCGAAUGCAGAUCUAUUCCAUCAGCAGCAGCAUUCGGUGGGCAAUCUGUCCACGCGUCGCGGUUCCAUCACCCAGAUGACGCCCGAGGGCUCGCAGGCCAGUCCUCAGGCACCGGGAGUAUCGCCCUCGAUAGACAUGCGCCUGGUGCAAUCCUCAGCGGUGGACAGUCUGCGUAAGGAGCUGGGUCUGCCCGAGGAGGAUGCCCACAUCAUUGAACCCUUUGUUGAGAUACGCGAACUGGAGCCGAAUGUCACUUUAAUCACCGAAGGCAAUGCGGACGAUGUUUGCGUGUGGUUUGUGAUGACAGGCACAUUGGCUGUUUACCAGAGCAAUCAGGAUGCCACGCGUGCCAAGCCGGACAAGAGCGACCAGCUUAUCCAUUUUGUGCAUCCCGGGGAAAUCGUUGGCGGACUGGCCAUGCUGACGGGAGAGGCCAGUGCCUAUACCAUUCGAUCGAGGAACAACAGUAGGAUUGCCUUCAUCCGACGUGCGGCCAUCUACCAGAUCAUGCGCCAGCGACCCCGCAUUGUUUUGGAUCUGGGCAAUGGGGUAGUACGCCGCCUAUCGCCGCUGGUGAGGCAGUGCGACUACGCCCUGGAUUGGAUCUUCCUGGAGUCGGGCAGAGCUGUCUAUCGGCAGGACGAGAGCAGCGACAGCACAUACAUUGUCCUGAGCGGACGCAUGCGAUCGGUCAUCACACAUCCUGGUGGCAAAAAGGAAAUCGUCGGCGAAUACGGCAAGGGGGAUCUCGUGGGCAUCGUCGAAAUGAUCACGGAAACGUCGCGCACCACGACGGUGAUGGCUGUGCGCGACUCGGAGCUGGCCAAGCUGCCCGAGGGCCUGUUCAAUGCCAUUAAGCUGCGCUACCCCAUCGUGGUGACCAAGCUGAUUAGCUUCCUUAGCCAUCGCUUCCUCGGCUCGAUGCAGACGCGCUCGGGCAGCGGGGCGCCGGGCGCGCCCGUCGAGGCCAAUCCCGUCACGCACAAGUACUCCACGGUGGCCCUGGUGCCCAUCACCGACGAGGUGCCGCUGACGCCCUUCACCUACGAGCUCUACCACUCGCUCUGUGCCAUAGGACCCGUCCUCCGUUUGACCUCCGAUGUGGUGCGCAAACAGCUCGGUCCGAACAUCUUCGAGGCGGCGAACGAGUACCGGCUGACCUCGUGGCUGGCCCAGCAGGAGGAUCGGAACAUCAUCACCCUGUAUCAGUGCGAUAGUUCGCUGAGUGCCUGGACACAUCGAUGCAUGCGCCAGGCGGACGUCAUCCUGAUUGUGGGCCUCGGCGAUCGCUCCUACCUGGUCGGAAAGUUCGAACGUGAGAUCGACCGGCUGGCGAUGCGCACGCAGAAGGAGCUGGUCCUGCUAUAUCCGGAGACGACCAAUGCCAGGCCGGCCAACACGCUCAGCUGGCUAAAUGCCCGGCCCUGGGUGACCAAGCACCACCACGUACUCUGCGUCAAGCGCAUCUUCACGCGCAAAAGUCAAUACCGCAUUAAUGAUCUCUACAGUCGCGUCUUGCUGUCCGAGCCGAACAUGCAUUCCGACUUCUCGCGUUUGGCCCGCUGGCUUACGGGCAACUCGAUUGGCCUUGUCCUGGGUGGCGGAGGGGCGCGCGGUGCCGCCCACAUUGGGAUGCUGAAGGCCAUCCAGGAGGCGGGGAUACCCAUCGACAUGGUCGGUGGCGUCAGCAUUGGCGCCCUGAUGGGAGCCCUCUGGUGCUCGGAGCGUAAUAUCACCACGGUUACGCAAAAGGCGCGCGAGUGGUCAAAGAAAAUGACGAAAUGGUUCCUACAACUGCUGGACCUCACCUACCCGAUCACAUCGAUGUUCUCCGGACGGGAGUUCAACAAGACGAUCCACGACACUUUCGGGGAUGUUAGCAUCGAGGACCUGUGGAUACCCUACUUCACCCUCACCACCGACAUUACCGCCAGUUGCCAUCGCAUUCACACCAAUGGAUCUCUGUGGCGUUACGUACGCUCCUCCAUGUCGCUCAGUGGCUAUAUGCCGCCGUUGUGCGAUCCUAAAGAUGGGCACCUCUUGCUGGAUGGCGGCUAUGUGAAUAAUCUGCCAGGUCACCUGUGGCGGUACUGCCGCGCCAGCAUGUCGAUUGCCGGUGUUUUCCCGCCAUUUUGUGAUUACCGCGACGGCCACCUGCUACUCGAUGGCUGCUACACGAACAACGUGCCAGCCGAUGUGAUGCACAAUCUGGGGGCUGCUCACAUAAUCGCCAUCGAUGUGGGAUCACAGGACGACACCGAUCUUACCAACUACGGCGACGACCUGAGCGGUUGGUGGCUGCUCUACAAGAAAUGGUUUCCCUUCACGACGCCUGUGAAGGUGCCCGACUUGCCGGACAUCCAAUCCCGAUUAGCCUACGUGUCCUGCGUGCGCCAGCUGGAGGAGGUCAAGAACUCGGACUACUGCGAGUACAUUCGACCCCCGAUCGACAAGUACAAGACCCUGGCCUUUGGUAGCUUCGACGAGAUCCGCGAUGUGGGCUAUGUGUUCGGGAAGAACUACUUCGAGAGCAUGGCCAAGGCGGGUCGGCUGGGCCGCUUCAACCAGUGGUUCAACAAGGAGCCACCCAAGCGGGGCAACCACGCCUCGCUCAACGAGUACACGUUCAUCGAUCUGGCGCAGAUCGUGUGCCGACUACCGGAGACGUACGUGGUGAACACGGCGGAACUCUUCAGCGAGGACGAAGACUGUGAUGGCUACAUCUCGGAGCCGACGACUCUCAACACGGACCGACGACGCAUUCAAGUGCCGCGUGCUGGCAACUCGUUGUCCUUCUCCGAGACCGAAAUGGAUUCGGAUCUGGAGAUUGACCUGAAGCUGGAGCGCAAGACGGACAAGUCCACACAGUCCACACCGCCGGCGACCAGCAGGACCAGUUUGCGCGGCAAGGAAGAGGCUAGAGGCUAUGUGGAGGAUCAUCGUGAUCGCGACUGGCACUGGGGUGCGAAGCACAAGGAUGCGACUGACGGUGCAGCCACCACAGCCACACACACUCUGACUGAGCAGGAGCAACUGCAGCAGCAGCAGCAGCUGGAGGAUCAGGACGCCAGGGCGGAGCAGCUGGCGGACAAGGACGAGGACAAGGAGAACAGGAGCAGCGCGAAUAACGAAACCAAAAACUAGCUAUAUAGACAAGCCAACCGAGGCGGGAUAUCUACUCAACAAAAUGCAGAAACAGCAACAGCAAAAGCAACAAGCCGAGGACGACGAGGUGCCUUCCGCUUGCCCGACGCCCAACGGCAACCACUUCACCAGCAAACCAACCACAACCACAAACUACUCAAUCAUCCAAUCUCCAAAACGAAACAAACUAAAUAGCAAUGACAAGGAAAUUUGUUAACCUCUAGGUUUUAUAGCAACCAAGACUUAGGCUUAGCUUAGCAUAUGGAAUACCCCCAUCCCACAUCCCGAGUCCUCAUUCACAAAACAAAUCACACACACACAUUGUAAUGGAGGCACAAGAAGUCCACAAACUUUGUAUAUACAUAUAGUUAUAUAUUUUUACUGAAGCAACCGAUAUUGUAGCCACGAAACUGAGACUCCUUUGCAAUGAACCCCCUAACAAAAUCCCGCCCCCAAUUUUGCCGCACACUUGUGUAGUCUCUCUUUUAUUUUAGGUAAGCAAAUUCUUUGUUUAAUGGUCGGAUUUUUUUUGUAAAUGCAAGCAAAUAAAUUUAAACAAUUGAGAGUACAAAAAUAA